CUCCGUGCCUGUUUGUACUCAAGCACUGUGAAAACUUGCAUCAUCCAGGAGGGGGGACAAAACAGCAGCCGAACAUAAAUGGGCACGACAGAAGUAACCUAUAGGAUAUUUAAUUGUUCCAGAGGAAGCGCCUCCCCCAGAUGUGAGUCGGCCGGUCACAGUUGAGUGUACAAAGCGGCAGACGGGCGGAGGACUCGCGGGGACAUCCAGUUUGCCGGUGUGGAGGUGUCUCCGUGUAAAUGUACACGUUGAGCAAAGUGCAAGGUCCCCUCAGUGCACGUACAGAUAUGAGCUCUGACCGACUCUAGCGACUGCUGCUCCUCGUGUCUCCCUCUCAGCUAGCUUUUAUGUGCCUUUUUACACUGUGAUUUUUUUUUUAAUAUAAGCUAGUUUAACUUUUAAACCAAAGAUGUCGUGCCUUUUACUGGGAGUCAUACGAAAGAAGGGUGGUUUCGGGGCGAGCGUCGGGGUUCGAUCUCUGGCCUCAAUCCCGUCGCUGCCACCCGCAGUGGCCGACUUUGUGAAGGGGGCUGUGGAGGAGUGUAAGCCUACCAAUGUACACGUGGUGACUGGGACGCCGGAAGAGACGGCCAACAUCCUGGCAGGUCUGGAGAGGGAUGGCAUGGUCAAGAAGCUUCUCAAAUAUGAGAACUGUUGGUUGGCACGUACAGACCCAAAAGAUGUGGCCCGAGUGGAGAGCAAGACUGUGAUAGUGACCAAGAAGCAGAGAGACACGAUCCCCAUCCCUGCUGCAGGGGUGAAAAGCCAGCUGGGUAGCUGGAUGAGUGAGUCUGACUGGCAGAAAGCCAGAGAGGAGCGUUUCCCUGGCAGCAUGGCCGGCCGGACUAUGUAUGUGAUCCCCUUCAGCAUGGGUCCCGUAGGCUCAGCUCUGACCAAAUAUGGUGUCCAGGUGACGGACUCCCCGUAUGUUGUGGCCAGUAUGGGUAUCAUGACGCGUAUGGGCACUCCUGUUCUCAAUAAACUGGCUGAGGGAGUGGAGUUUGUCCGCUGUCAGCACUCCGUGGGGCGACCUUUACCUCUCAAAGCUCCUCUGGUGAACUCGUGGCCCUGCAACCCAGAAAAGGUGCUGAUAUCCCACCUGCCCGACACCAGGCAGAUCCUCUCCUUCGGCAGUGGCUAUGGAGGGAACUCUCUCCUUGGGAAAAAGUGCUUUGCCCUGCGCAUCGCCUCCCGCAUUGCCAAAGAUGAAGGCUGGCUGGCUGAGCACAUGCUGAUCCUAGGAAUCACCAGUCCUCAGGGUGUGAAGCGAUACAUCGCAGCUGCCUUCCCCAGCGCUUGUGGUAAAACCAACCUAGCCAUGAUGAAACCAGCUCUACCAGGCUGGAAGGUUGAGUGUGUAGGCGACGACAUUGCCUGGAUGAAGUUUGACAGCCAAGGUAAACUGAGGGCCAUCAACCCAGAGAACGGGUUCUUUGGCGUGGCCCCGGGCACCUCCAACAAGACCAACCCCUACGCCAUGGCUACUAUUGUUAAAAAUACUGUGUUCACCAAUGUUGGUGAAACCAGCGAUGGGGGGGUGUGGUGGGAAGGACUCGACCCCCCUCCUGCUGACAUGGCGCUCACAGAUUGGCAUGGCAAAACCUGGAAACGAGGAAGCUCAACACUCUGCGCCCACCCCAACUCCCGUUUCUGUGCACCAGCGGCUCAGUGUCCCAUCAUUGACCCCCAGUGGGAGAGUGAGGAGGGUGUCCCCAUUGAUGCCAUCAUCUUUGGUGGGAGGAGGCCAGAAGGAGUCCCAUUGGUCUACGAGUCUUUGAACUGGCAGCACGGAGUAUUUAUUGGAGCUGCAAUGAGGUCUGAGGCCACAGCAGCUGCUGAGCAUAAAGGUAAGGUGAUCAUGCACGACCCCUUCGCCAUGCGGCCGUUCUUCGGCUACAACUUUGGAGACUACCUCGCUCACUGGCUGAGCAUGCAGAGCCGUAAGGCCCCCACUCAGCUGCCCAAGAUCUUCCACGUCAACUGGUUCAGAAAGGACCCGGCAACCGGCGCCUUCCUGUGGCCUGGCUUCGGUGAGAACGCCCGCGUGCUAGAGUGGAUCUUCAAACGCUGCGGCAGAGAGAGAGAGGACGAGGCAGCCAAAAAGAGCAUCAUCGGCUGGGUGCCACAAGAUGGCGCCAUCGACACUAAAGGUCUGGGCAGCAAGGUAGAUAUGGGCGCACUGUUUGACGUGCCCAAGCCUUUCUGGCAGAAGGAGACCCAGGAAUUGAAAGCCUACUUUACUCAGCAGGUUGGCGCUGACCUGCCAGCGCAGGUGGAGGCUGAGCUCAAGGCACUGGAGGAUAGAGUACACAAUUAAAAAGCCUCCUGACAGCAAGUAAACAAAGAAGCAGGGAGGGAGGUACUCAGGAAGCAGAAUUCACAUCAUGAAGGUGUAAUCAGAACUAGUGACCCGAGUUUACAUACACAAAAAUUUAUAAAUGAAUAAAUAAACAAAAAAUGGGUAGAAUGAAUCUUAUGUUGAGGAUUCAGUCAUAAAACCAGCAAUAAUGUGAAUAUCAAACUUUCCCUGUGUAUGAAAACGCAGUCAGUGACUCCUGCCUGUCCCUUUGCAAAGAGAAUUGAGAUGUGAGAUUAUCAGUACAACACCUUCUGUUUUUGGACAUCAUUUUACACUGUUGCCAUAACACUUGAGGCUGCUGCUGGGUUGGUAGGUGGAACAUCGUACUGGAGUGCAACCAAUGGUGCCUUUUAAGAGUUUUAACAAUAAUGAGUUCAGGCUGCAAAUGUUUACAGGCUGAAGCCCAAAGAUUUAUUUUUUAUUUUUUUUUAGAAAGAAGAUGCAGUCAGAACAUUUUUAAUUCAUUAAAAUAACAUUUUAAAGGAUUAUUUUUAUCACCACUUUUUAACACUUAACAUAUAUAUGUAUAUGUAUACACAUGUACACAUCAGAAGAAAGGAUUUUGUUUUAUACAUGAUUUGAAACACUGACUGCUGGGUUAUUUUAUCAUUGGCGGGGAUGGUGUUAAAUACACUAAAUGCACAUACAUUAUCCAGCUCUCAUGAAAUGUCAUUUUAAUGUUAAAAUGAAAAAAAAAAAACCCUUAAAAAUGCAUUAGCUGUUCAAAAGUGAAAAGUUUAGCGGGUUUUCACUGAGGCCAAAGAUCACUAUGCAUUAUUCAUCUCGCCACUCGCAUGAUUUGAUUUCAAGCGACGUUUACUUGCAGUACGUGAAACGUUGGACCAAUUCAAGUCACUGAGAUUAUAAGGUAUUUGUAGAAGUUGUACGCCGAGGAUUUUAUUACAGUGCAAUGAAUAAACCUCUUUCAAGGCA